AUGGCGCCUCUCGCGUCGUCGAUUGCGGCGCGUAACCCGGUAACCGGCUUGGCGUCAGUUCUUCCGGCCACCCGGCAAUCUCAACUCCCAGAUGCCACGUGGUGGCAGGGCAGGGCGAGAGUGGGCAAGGCGAGAGUGGGCAGGGCGAGAGUGGGCAGGGCGAGAGUGGGCAGGGCGAGAGUGGGCAGGGCGAGAGUGGGCAAGGCGAGAGUGGGCAAGGCGAGAGUGGGCAAGGCGAGAGUGGGCAGGGCGAGAGUGGGCAGGGCGAGAGUGGGCAAGGCGAGAGUGGGCAGGGCGAGAGUGGGCAGGGCGAGAGUGGGCAAGGCGAGAGUGGGCAGGGCGAGAGUGGGCAAGGCGAGAGUGGGCAGGGCGAGAGUGGGCAAGGCGAGAGUGGGCAGGGCGAGAGUGGGCAGGGCGAGAGUGGGCAGGGCGAGAGUGGGCAAGGCGAGAGUGGGCAGGGCGAGAGUGGGCAAGGGGGGGAAAGGCAACAGAGAAGCAGCAACAGGAGAGCUGUACCUUCUUUCUCCCAUUCCCGCCUUUUCCCACAGGGAAAUACGCCCAAGGGGGCGGCAGGGCAGAGGAGUGGGAGGAGCGGAGGAGGGUGGUGGUGGGAAAUACGCCGAAGGGGGUGGCAGGGCGGAGGAGUGGGAGGAGAGGGGGAGAGUGGUGGCGGUGGCGGGGGGGGAAGGGGCAGCAGGCGGGGUGCAGGAGGUGCGGGAUCCUGUGUUCGGGCUGCGGAUGGGGGAGGGCUUUCAGGCCUCUUCCGAGGGGCUCAGGUGGUUUGUCAUCGACACACAAGCAGAUGAACCCGCGCCUCCUUCCCCCUCCUCCUCUCCGCCUCUCCUCCUCCUCCACGGCCUCCCCUCUCACAGCUACUCUUUCCGCCAAGUUAUCAACACCAUCAACCCUGGGACCUUCGCCCUCACCAGCAGUGCAGCAGCGGCAGCAGGAGGAGGAGGUUCGGCCGAAGCAGGAGGGCUAGGUUCGGAGGAGGCGAUCGGCGUGCGGUGCGUGGCGCCGGAUUGGCUCGGGUUCGGAGGCUCGGAUAAGCCCCAGGCAGACCAGAAGAGGUUCGGGUAUUCCCCGAGUGACUACGCUCGGGAACUCGGAAAUCUGGUGGCAACGAUGGGAGUGGAGGAUGUUUCUGUUGUAGCCCAGGGCUAUUUCUGUCUGCCCGCUGCUGAAUUUGUCCUUUCCAACCCUGCCCGGAUUCGCCACCUCAUAUUUAUCAACCCACCUAUCACAGACAAGCACGCCAAGCUGCCCUCGUGCCUGUCGGCCUUCUCCAACUUCCUGCUGGGAGAGAUCUUUGCACAGGACCCGCUACGUGCUAGCGAUCGGGUACUAGAGGAGGCCGGCUGCUACCUGAUAGACGAGGAGGAUGCAAUGGUGUACCGCCGGCCCUACCUCGCCAGUGGUGCCUCGGGGUUUGCACUCACAUCCAUCACCCGAGCGUUUCAGAAGGAUCUCAAGGCGUCACUCCCUCUGGUCUCCAAGGCCCUCGCUGCUGUGUCUGCCCAGCCCUCCUCCUCUUCCACCGUUAUUUGGGGCAUGAAGGACCGCUGGCAGUCGUUUGAUGGGGUCAGGGAGACGUGCAGGGCAUCCGGGGCCAUUCUAGUGACUCUGGACGAGGUGGGGCAUCAUGCACAGGAAGAUUAUGGAGAGGAGGUGGGGCGAGUGAUUCGAAACAUUCUCCGCCGCACGACAUGA